AUGGUUGCACUGGUGCACGUCAUGUAUGUUCCACCUGCAAAACUGAUGACCCUAAAGACGGAUGUAGUACACCCCAAAAAAAAACGAGCAAUGAGAAAUGAACUCUCAAAAGAAGAAUGUCAUAGAGAAUACAGAAAAAAACAAUUUCAACAACAGUGGUUAUCAGAUGAGAAAUAUAAACUAUGRUUGAGAGAAGUAAAAUCUGAACCAACCAAAUGCAAGUGUAUUGCAUGUAAUGUUGAAAUCAUGUGUGRCAAAAGYGAGAUUGAGAAACAUGCAAAAAGUAUUAAACAUUCAACAAAUGUCAAAAGUUUACGAGGAUCAAAAUCCCUGUUAUUGUCAUUUACUAAAAGUAACGAAAAUGAAAUUUUAGAAAAUAAUAUUAAAAUCUCUGAARUCAAAUUAGCCGCAUUUUUAGCAGAACACAAUGUUGCUCUACACACCAUUGACCAUUUAACUCCUUUACUUAAAGACAUUUUCCACGAUUCAAAAAUUUUUGAGAUAAUAAAAAACAAUCCAUUCUUUGUAUUGGUUGAUGAGAGUACAGACUUGACAUGCCAAAAAUUUUUAUGUUUAUUAGUUAGAUUUGUACAUCUUCAUAGUGGUAUGGUGCACACAAAACUUUUGGAACUUGUACCAGUCAAUGCUAUAAAUUCUUGUGAUGGUGCUGCGGUAAUGRUUGGAAUACACAAUUCGUUUAUGACUUGCAUGGUAGAAGAUUCACCAAAUGUAAUAAAWAUGCAAUGCAUCUGCCAUUCUUCWGCACUAGUGGCGUCAAAAGCUUGUUUAAAWCUUCCCAGAACGGUUGAACAGUUAAUUCGUUCAAUUUCAUCAUAUGUAUCUGGGAGCGCAAAGCGUUGUGCGCAAUUAGUAGAAAUUCAAGAAUUUUUUGAUAACCAACGUAAAACAAUUUUGAAGCUUGCUGAAACUUGUUGGUUAGCACUUCACCAAUGA